AUGGCUUGGUUCACGACUUUGCCUGGUGGAUCUAUCACGAACUUCCACGAUUUCUCGUCAAAGUUCCUUGUUCAGUUCUCCGCGAGCAAGAGUAAGCAGGUUACGAUAGAGGACUUAUACAAUGUCCGCCAGUCAGACGGAGAAACUCUGAAGCAGUACGUGAAACGAUUCAACGCGGUGUCUAUUAAAAUUGAGGAGUCAGAACCACAUGCUUGUGCGCGUGCUUUCAAGAACGGGCUGCAGCCAGGAAAGCUAAACAGUAAGUUGAGCCGAAAGCCGACUCGGUCGAUGGCAGAGAUCAACGCAAGGGAAAACACUUACAUUUUGGACGAGGACGAUGAUGCUUUCAAAAGGAAACGUGCAAAAAUGGAAAAGGAGGGCGAGUUGAGGGAUGCAUCGUCGGAAGGAAAACCAAGUAAAGAGAAAGGAGAAGGUGGUAAGCGGCGAGAUAAGAAGAUAAAGUCAGGAGAGAGGACUGCGAAGGAACCGUUAUACCCGAGGAAGGAAAGCUUCGAGCGUCGUCGCCCAUGGCAUCAGACCGAUUCCCGCCGGCGUGAGGAAUCGGGGAAAAUUCUAAGUGCGCAUUUAACAGAGCUACUUCGGGAGGUCAAGGCGAUGCAUGCAGUCGAAGAAGGCGAGAUGGAGACAGACCCGCCUCGAGUGGCGACGGAUAAAACAAAGUGGUGCGAGUAUCACCGCUCGGCGGGUCACGACACCGGGGAUUGUUUCACCUUAAAGAAUGAGAUUGAAAGGCUCAUUCGGGCGGAACGCUCGCAAUUAAACGACCGCAGUGACCGUUGGCGCGGCGAACGACAACAAGGGAAUCGAUAUAAAGGGGACCGCCAGCAAGAUGAUCGCAGGCGGGACGAUCGCCGUCGUACGCCGACUUCUGACAAGAAAGAAACGCUGACAACAAGGAAGAAGGGGGCGGAAGAAACGUUCAACAAAGAUCUCGAGCCACCAGUUGGGACGAUAAACACGAUUGCGGGUGGCUUUGGUGGAGGUGGCAACACAGCCUCGGUGAGACGAAGGCAUGUAAGGGAAGUGAUGUCAGUACGAGAGUAUGAAGCCCCAUUUGGUUUUCAUCACCCAGAUAUCGUGAUAUCGUCAGCAAAUUUUGAGGGGAUCAAGACGCAUAAAGACGAUCGUGUGGUAGUAAUGGUAAGAAUCAACAGGUUUAAUGUACGAAGAGUUCUUUUGGACCAGGGAAGUUCUGCAGACAUUAUCUACAGCGAUGUGUUUGAUCAGUUGGGUUUGACAGACAAGGACUUAAUGCCAUACACUUGGACUCUGGUAGGUUUUUCAGGAUAG